GUUUGUCUCGAAGUUUCUUUUUUUCCCCUCGCGUGUCCUUCCCUUUCAGCUGAUUGCUCUUUGGUCAAGAUCUACACUUUUUGAAUAUUUGUAAAUUUUCGACAGAUACAAAGACAACAUGGAUGAUUUUGACAUGCUCAACUCACCGGCUACUGGAAACGGGGUGGGCUCAGAGGAGGACCCUGCUGCGGCUUUUUUGGCCCAACAAGAGAGCGAAAUCGCGGGGAUCGAAAACGACGAAGGCUUCAGCAUCCUGGACAGUGGAGAGGUCCCUUCGUCGUUGGCAGAUUCCAACGAUGGUGCUGUCAAUGGAGAGUUCCAUGGGGAAAGCAACGGCCCAUCUGAUGCCUAUGCAGCAAUUUCCAAUGCAGACCGCCUGCAGGCAGAACCUGAAAGCCUUCGCAAAUGGAGGGAGGAGCAAAGAGAUAGACUGGAGAUGCUUGAUGAUAACUCUCGUAAGCAGGAGUCUGAAUGGAAGACAAAGGCCAAGGUGGAACUGGAGGAGUGGCAUGCCAGACAAAAUGAGCAACUGGAGAAAACCAAAGCCAAUAACAGGGUGCUCGACGAAGACUUCUACAAGCAGCCCUUCUCUGAGCUCAUUGGUUAUGUCACACACAUUAACCAUCCUUGCUACCGCCUCGACCAGGCGGCCGAGGAGGCCAUGGUUUCAGACAUGGACGAGAACAACCCCGGCACGGAAUGGGAGCGAGUGGCUCGCCUGUGCGACUUCAACCCCAAGUCCAGCAAGCAGGCCAAAGACGUGUCCCGCAUGCGCUCCGUCCUCAUCUCCCUGAAGCAGUCCCCGCUUGUGCGCUAGGCUGCGCCUUACAUAAUCCAAAAUUAACAUCAAUGCAAAUGCAACCAACAGCUGAUGAACCACAUCUGUGUUCUGAAGAAAAGGUGGCAUACUCCUCUUCUGUCCAUACCCAUUUAGCGCGCACAUCUAUUUUUUUUUUUUUUUUUUUUUGUAGUGGAAGAGUACUGUAUUCUUCUCGUGACAGGCCUGUUAAGAUUAGCCAUGGAACAUCAAAUCACUGAUUUGUCAUCAUUGUCUGAUUUGAAAUGCAAGUCCUUGUUCGGGUCCACAUAGCCAGCAGAUGAUACCAAUCCCAUCAUACCAUGCUGUAACACCUCAAACUUUGAUUAAUGGUUUUAGCCACCAUUUUUUAAAUAUCGCAUCACAUUGUGAUUAUCCAUACUUAAAAUGUCCUCAGAUUUUCUUUCUUUUGUUCUGUUUCAGGACCAAAUAAUAAUAAUUACAAAAAAAAAAAUCCAUUAAGUGUUUUUUGAAGUGUCUGUGUAGUGCCGGUUGUUGUGUUCAAUCUAUGCAUCUCCUUGUGAAAAGCACCUCCUGUCAGGAACGGUCCAGUACAUUACAAUUCAAACGUGACAUCUCAGUAGGUGUGUGUGUGUGUACUGUCCAUGUUCACCUAUGUACAUAUAAAGAAGGCACAAUAUAUACAGAAUAUAAAACCUACAUGUUGUAGAAGCUGACAGUUGUGGUUUUAGAGAGAACUAGAUAUUAGUCAACUGUUGUUUGACCACGCAUGUCCAUUGCCCACUUGUUUCAAUAUCAGUAAACAGUG